GUAUUUUUUUUGAUUUCGUGCCGUGCGUUUGCGUUUUUGGUGCUACACUCCGCUCGCUUUUUGGUGUUUUGUGUUUCUGUAUGAGCGCGCUCGCGUGUGUGUGUGUGUGAGCAGCGAAGAAAGAAGCCGCACAGGAAAAUCCAAUUCUUGGAAAUCAAUCUAUCGUUAUCAAUGAGUUUUUAGAGCUCUGUUCAGUUGGGAAAAUGCCAACAACUUUAACGCGUCUCGCACGUCUGUGAGAGCUCAAAAAAGCCGUUGGCUUGUUGUUUUGUUGUGGUCUGUUUGUUUGUUUGUUUGUGUGCGUGACGCGCUACCGCCAGCGUCGCUGCUACCACGCCCACACCUACACACAUACACACUUAAGCAGACACACGGACAUACACCAGCAUGGCAGCCAUGGUGUAUAAACGCCUACAGAUAGCCAGCAUUGGUGGCGGAGGCGCCGGCAGCGGCGGUGGCCUGACGGUUUCCACCAACUCACCCGCCUCGAUGGCCGGCUCAUCACCCAUGCUGGGGCAUUCGCAGCUGACGCGCUCGCUGGAGCGCAUCCUGGAGGAAGCGCAUUUCAGCGGCGAACUUAUACUGACCAAUCGCAAGCUGAAGGACUUUCCCAAAAUGGGCAGCAAAUUCAGUUUAACGGAUACCGUCAUUGCAGAUCUGUCCCGAAAUAGAUUCUGUGAGCUGCCCGAGGAGAUCACAACGUUUGCGUUUCUGGAAACAUUGCUGCUCUAUCACAAUGCCAUACGCAGCAUACCGGAGUCGGUGAAGCAGCUGUCCUCGCUGACGUAUUUGGAUCUUCGUAGCAAUCAGCUGAGCUCAUUGCCACGCGAAAUCUGCUUCCUGCCACUGCAAGUGCUGCUUGUCUCCAACAAUCGCUUGGCCACACUGCCCGAUGAGCUGGGACGCUUGGAUCAAACCUUAACCGAUCUCGAUGCCUCAUACAAUCAAUUGUCUGCUUUACCUGUGCGUCUCGGGGAACUUCGCACACUGCGAUCGCUUUCGUUGCGAAGCAAUCAACUUUUGUAUCUGCCCAGGGAGAUCACCUGCUUGAGUCUGGUUUCGCUGGAUGUGAGCAACAAUCGCAUCGCCAGUCUGCCACUGGAGAUCAGACACAUGAGCACUUUGGUCGAACUGCAGCUGGAGAACAAUCCAUUAACUGCGCCCCCCGCUAGCCUCUGCAUGCGUGGUUUGGUGCACGUGUUCAAGUUUCUGGAGACGCAGGCGACGCGGGAGGAGAAGGGGGCGCGUGCUGGCGGCAAUUACGAUGGCUACACGACGCUGCGACGUGCACCACGUCACAAUUCCAGUGGCAACAUGCUCGAGACGACGUCAUCAUCGAGUCAACGUCACGCCGCGCGACAUCAAAUCGAUUCAGGCUACAGCACAAGCGAUGGAUUGGACAAACGUUGGUCGCACGAUGCGCCCGGAAAAUCGAAAACUGAUUCGCCACUGCAUUGUGCCACGUUGCCACGAGCAUUGACUUCAAGUGGGAGCAGCAGCAGCAACACUCAACAGCAGCAGCAACAACAGCAACAGUUGCCGCUGAGCGCGGAUUUGAUGGAUGCAUCGUUGACGUCGAGCACCAGCACAAUUGUGGAUGAGAGUUUGACGCUGAGUGCGGGAAUUUCCCCACUUGCUUCCCCUUGCAAGCGUGCCUCGUCGGAGCAUCUGAGCUAUGCGCAUUCGAAUAGCUCGAGCAACAACAGCAACAGCUCGUCGCCGGAUCAGGAUGAGGAUCUGAUGCUGGAUCAUCAGGAGCGCAGUGUGCACGGCAGCAAUGGCAAGCUCAACAAGAGUCUGAACAACAUACAGACCUACAAGGAGUACAAGGAAGCGUUGAAACAGCAGCGAAAUCAGGAAAUCAACAGCGUCUACAAGCAGAAGCAUGCCAAUGCCAAUGACGAGGAGCAGCUGCCACGUUUGACCAACGGCUCAACGGUCACCACGUUGCCCAAGUCCAUUAUGAAACAGCCGAGCAGCAAUGGCCACAAUGGAAAUAGCAACAGCAACAGCAAUGGCAAUGGCCAAAGCAUCGGCAAUGGCAUCGAUGAUGUUGUCAUACCAAAGAAACCCAUACAAAAAGUGAUACCGUCACGCAACACCGAGCUGAUGAAGUCAUCAGCAUCCUCACCCACAUCCUCGCCAGAAGCCAACAACGCUGCCAAUUGUUUGGGCUAUGUCAAGCCUCACAGUCCCAUGAAGAAUGGCCUCGGUGCCGUGCUCACCAACAAUAAUAGUAAUGGAAGCAAUGGCAAAUUUAAUUCGUCCAAUGGUUCGUCGGCUGCCUCGAGCAGUGUCAUCAAGUCACCUGUGAGUGCCACAAGUAAAAUGGGCACAGUGAAAACACAUCGCACCGUCACCUGGAAUCAUGAUAUUCCUGCUGAGAAGUUGAGCUUCACCAUGCGACGUGAAUUCGAUCGACAGCGCGAAGAAACCGAACUCAUGUCACAGCUGCGCAGCAUCAUUGAGACGCGUCUGAAGAUGACGCUCCCAGAGGACAUUGCAUCGGCUCUGACGGAUGGCGUCAUUCUGUGCCAUUUGGCCAACUAUGUGCGACCGCGCUCUGUGGCCAGCAUCCAUGUGCCAUCGCCGGGUGUGAACAAACUUUCGAUGGCGCGCUGUCGACGCAAUGUGGAUAACUUCUUGGAGGCGUGUCGUCGCAUUGGCGUGGAUGAGGAGUUGAUUUGCUCCUGUGCAGAUGUUGUGCCACAACAAAGCAGCAACGGCAGCAGCGAGCAGCAACGCGCUGACGAUGACUAUGAUGCUGAUGUGUAUGUCAACGGCAGCGACAGCAACAGUAGUAACAGCAACAGUAACAACAACAACGUUGAUAACACGUUGGCCAAUGGCCAAGUGCCAAAUGCGGUGGCUUUGCUGCGCACAGUUGCCGCACUGAUUGCCCUCGAUGCGAAUCCACAUCAUCAGCAUAUGCGCUACCUGCAGCAGCAGGAAGAGUUGCAGCUGAAGUUGCAACAAUUGCAGCAACAGCAGCAGCCGCAACCAAAUUUGCAUGUGGCGCAACAUUUUGAGCCAGAGCAAAUACACAAAGUAAAUGCACAAAACUCCUCCUGCACCAAACAGCCAGAACAGAUGCAGCAGCAAGUAGAAAAUGUAUUGUAUGAGAAUUGUGAGUUUAUCAAUGGCAAGGAAGCGCAUAUGUCUGAUGAUGCAACAACAGUAGCAGCAACAACUAUCAAGAGUUGGCUCUAUGAGCCACAGCAAUACCAUCAACAGCAACGUCAACAACUGGGCACAGUGGGGCAAUUGUUGCGCACAGCGAAGCAAAAGACAUUCGAGAAGAUCAAACAGAAUUUGAUCAGUCCGCAUGGCCAGCAUAGUUUUCAAUUGAACAACAACACGCAUCGCACGCUGCAGACAAUCAUUGAGCAUGAGCACGAUGUGGCCGCCGCUGGACCGGCAGGACACUAUCAGCUGAUAGACGAGAAGCAGCAGCAACAACAGCAGCAGCAGCAACAACAACUGCAGCAGCAGCAACAUCAACAACAACUGGAAACAUCUUUGAAUGUGGUUAAACCGCUGGCGAAGCGAAUUGAAUUCUUCGAACAGAAACCGAAGCUGGAGGUGUUUAGCAUUUGUCGCCUGGACGAGCAAUCGCAACAUCAUCAACAGCAGCAGCCAAAACUGGAGAAGCUAAAGCAACAUGAAGCUGGAACUUUGUUGCUUAAACACGAUUCACACACGCUGACAAUUAUAUUAUCCUGCGUCUUCAUUGCCACAUUUUUGUGGCUUGUCUUCUUCCCAUUGCCCGGCUAGCAAUGGCGACAACAACAACAACAACAAUAAUCAUAGUUCCCAUUAGCUUUUACUGCCUUUAUGUAUUGCCAAUAGUUUUUAUUUUGUAUUUGCAGCUUUUAUUGCCGCUUAUACUAAUCGAUAAACACAUUAUUUAACUCUAGUAGUGAGUUCUUUUGAGGCUGCUAUCAACAAUUGUAUUAUACCCUAGGCUUUAGCUGUAGUCUUUUCGCACACACAUUUUUGGAGGCAUUUAUACAACAACAACAAAAAAAAAAAAAACAACCCAAAGACUAAGAAACAUAUUCCCCUAUAUAUUCAUAAAAAUCAUUCAUUAUUCACUAUUAAGUUACAACGAACUAUAUAACAUACUAUAUACAUACAUAUAUUGACUUGAUUUGAGUUCCAUUUUGUGCUAGUGAAAGAAAGGAAAGUGAGAGAGAGAAAGUUAACCAGUUACCAGUGAAAGAGUUUAGUUGUUAAGCAAGGUGAACAGGCAAAAGAGCGUUGUACGGUUUUAACUGAGGCAGGGACACAAACAAAAUAGUUUAUAGCUAUAAACAAUUCUAGAUAACAAAUCCAUUCUCUUCAAUAGCGCACAAAAUACAUUUUUAAGCAAAGUUCUUCUCAACGCACAAACACACAACUAAAAAGAAAAACCAAUUCACAAAAAUAGUGCCUUUGACUUGCGACGAUAGUUGGCAGUCCUAAUCAGCUAUAUAAUAUAUAUAUAUACACACAUUCAUCGCACACAUCUCUAAAGCAAUAUUUCAUGACUAAAAAACAAAAAGGUUAUAUAUAAUUUAUACUAAUUGAAACAAAACUGAGUGUGAAACCGAGUGCUUCUUUUUUGCAAUGACUAUAAAAACAAAAAAACCAUGUAUUAUGAAAUUAACUGAGAAAUUACAUUCCUAACAUACAAUAUAACAUACAUAUUUAAUUUACCUAAGUCUAUAUUCAAAUGUAUAUUAAUAUGCUGCAUAAGUACUUAAUGAAUUCUCGACGACAAAGCUAAUCAAAUUUCUACAAGAAACAUCGCAUUUAUGUAUUGUACUUAAAACGAGAAACGAGUCGAAAAAUACGAAAAUGAAUAAUCAUAUAUGUAUACACACACAUAUUUAUAUUUUGUCUAACAAAAUUGAGAAAACAACAUUCAGGCAGACCUAUAAGAAAUGCAUUAAAAAUAUACAAAAUACACCUUAGUUCGCAUAGAUCAUUAAUUUUUAUAAACAACAUUUAAACAUGAAAGACCAGAUAUUUAUGCCCUAAUAUAAUACUUAAAAACUUUUCGACACUGUAAACCGAAAUGAAAAACAAUCAAAAUAUUGAAUCUACAUACAUAACAUAUUUAUUAUGAGCCAAACAACAAGCAAAGUUGCAUUUAUUGUAAGAGAAGAGCACAAAAUAAUAAUGCUAAAAAUGCGGCCCAGUCAUUGAAACCAAAACGAAAAAAAAAAACUGUUGCAUUUAUUGUAAGCACAAAGAACAAACAAACACUAUAUAUAUACAUAUAUGAGAAUCAAAGAAAUAUAUAUGCGUAAAUACUAUAUAUCAAACAAAAAGUUGGCUGAAAACGUAAUUUUCUUUGCUGUAC